CCCUAAUAAAUCCCACUCUGCGGGAGCGAGGCAGAGUAAAGUGCGAGAGCGAGAGAAGAAGAAAGACGAAAGUGAGAGAGAAAGAGAAAAGGCAAUGGGAGCUUAUUGCGACGAUGACCUCUGUCUGUCCCCAAUGUACAGCUUCGCUUCCUCCCAAGAUCUCAGGCUCUCCAAGCACGUCCACGACAACGUCCACGGCAACAUUUACCUCGAUCCCCUAUCUUUGAAGUUUAUUGAUACCCAGCAGUUUCAAAGGCUUCGUGACCUGAAACAGCUAGGUGUGGCACACCUGGUUUAUCCAGGUGCCAUGCAUUCAAGAUUUGAACAUUCUCUUGGGGUGUAUUGGCUUGCCGGUGAAGCUGUUCAAAAGCUUAAAAAUUAUCAGGGUUCAGAGCUUGGUAUUGAGCCCUUUGAUAUUCAAACUGUGAAACUUGCAGGGCUUCUGCAUGAUGUGGGCCAUGGGCCUUUCAGUCACUUGUUUGAACGUGAAUUUCUUCCUCGGGUACUUGAUGGUCAUUGGUCUCAUGAAGAAAUGUCAGUGAAGUUGAUUGACCAUAUUGUUGAUGAUCACCAUAUUGAAAUUAACUCUGAAAUGAUCAAAAAAGUCAAGGAGAUGAUACUGGCAAGCUCUGAAUUUGCACCGCCAAAGAGCUCGGGGGAGAAGCAUUUCUUGUAUGAUAUUGUUGCAAAUGGCCGAAAUGGAAUUGAUGUGGACAAGUUUGAUUAUAUUAUCCGUGAUUGUCGAGCUUGUGGUCUUGGAUGCAACUUUCAGUUUCAGAGGUUAAUGGAGACAAUGCGAGUAUUGGGUGAUGAGAUUUGCUAUCGUGCCAAGGACUAUCUUACCAUCCACAAGUUAUUUGCGACUCGAGCAGAUCUAUAUCGAACAGUUUAUACACAUCCAAAAGUAAAGGCAAUAGAGCUUAUGUUGGUAGAUGCAAUGUUAAAAGCAAAUGAUUAUCUAGAAAUUUCAUCUUACAUUCAAGAUCCUUCUGAGUACUGGAAGCUGGAUGACACGAUAAUUAAGACUAUCGAGACCGCUCCAAACCAGGAAUUGAAGGAAUCGAGAGACUUGAUCUUGCGCAUUCGCAGGAGGAAUUUGUACCAGUUUUGUAAUGAGUAUGCUGUACCAAAGGACAAACUAGAAAAUUUCAAAGACAUCACUCCUCAAGAUAUUGUUUGUUCCCAGAAAAAUGGUGGAGUGAUACUUAAAGAAGAGGAUGUUUCUGUUAGCAAUGUCAGGAUUGAUUUGACUCAUGGAAGGCAUAAUCCUCUGGAAAGAAUCAACUUUUUCAAGGAUUAUGAGAGCGAGGAUAAGUUCUCGAUAUCUGAUGAUCGCAUUAGUCACUUGCUGCCUACAUCAUAUCAAGAUAUGAUAGUGAGGGUGUAUUCUAAAAAGCCUGAACUGGUGGGAGCAAUCUCUGAGGCUUUUGAAAAUUUCCAGUUACAGACAUAUGGGAUUAAGGCACAAGUGCAUGCAACGCCGGAGAAAAAGAUGCGCUGUCUAUAAAGGUUACCCGGGUGGUUUGCCUCUAUAUUUUUCACAUAAAAAGAAUUAAUUGAAUAUAGAUAUGUAUAUUUGAUGGUCAUUUUUUGAACUUGUAUAAUCAGGUAAAUAUCAAUGAAGCAUCAAGCUUCCAAAGUUCGACGGGUCUUGCUCUUUCUGUUGCAUAUGGUAGAAGCUUAUUAGUGGUGUUAUGUAUAUUGUUUCAAACCCGGGUACAACUUAACAAGUUUUUGUUCUUCUGACUUGGCUUUUUAGCAUGAAACAUAAACUAUAUAACAUCUUGUUUACACGAAA